AUCUGUCUCUUGCGUCUGUGAGUCUGACAGAGUAAUAAUUAUUUCAUCCGCCGCCGCCGCCGUGCUGUACUGCAGCUCUCUGCCCGACUGCGCGGCUCGCCGAGCGGACACUACGCGUGGCGUGCACCGCCGAUGUUGGAGCCACGGGCGCUGUGAAGCCGCAGCCGGUCGCACAAAGGCAGGGAUGAGACGGUAGGAGGCUUUUCUAUGGGCCAGCCCGCGGUGAUUAACUCGCCCUAACGAUGUCUAAGAGCCUCAAGAAGAAAAACCACUGGACCAACAAAGUCCACGAAGCGGUGAUAACCCGCGGGAAGGACGGGGAGCUGGGGUUCGAGCUGAAGGGGGGCGCGGAGAUCGGCCAGUUCCCCUACUUCGGCGAGGUAAAGCAAGGGAAGGGACUGAUCCAGAGCGGCAAACUGGCCCAGGAUGAGCUGCUGCUGGAGGUCAACAACAUGCCGGUGGCCGGGCUCACCAUCCGGGACGUGCUGGCCGUGAUUAAACACUGCAAAGACCCGGUCCGCCUCAAAUGUGUCAAACAAGGGGGGGUCGUUGACAAGGAUUUGCGACACUACCUCAACCUGCGUUUCUCCAAGGGCUCAGUGGACCACGACCACCAGCAGAUCAUCAGAGACAACCUCUACCUCCGCACUGUUCCCUGUACCACCAGGCAGCCUAAGGAGGGGGAGGUGCCGGGGGUGGACUACAACUUUGUGAGUGUGGAGCGUUUUAUGGAAUUGGAGCAAAGUGGAGCCCUGCUAGAGAGUGGAACCUAUGAAGACAACUUCUACGGCACACCAAAACCUCCAGCGGAGCCGUCCCCGGCAGCACCUCCUCUGAAUGUAAGUGAGGCCCUGCUGCCUGGAGCCCGGCCCAGCGCCCAGGGCAAGAGGAAGAGAAAUCAGUCAGUCAGCAACAUGGAGCAGCGUGCCAGCCUGGAGCCUCCAGAGGAGGAGGAAGAAGAGAGCCCUGUUGUCAACGGCAACGGAGUGGCCAUCACACCAGAGUCCAGUGAACAUGAGGACAAGAGCACAGAUGCCUCUGGGGAGGUUACUGUUGAUGCCUCCAUUCAACCCCCACCCUCCACUGAGCCCCCAACAGAAGGAGAAGAGGCCCCAAAAUCCCCCUCUGAAUCCCCUGUCAAAGUCCCAGACGCAAAUGAAGAGGAGCUGGGUCCUCUCCCUGAUAACUGGGAGAUGGCCUACACAGAGAAAGGGGAGGUCUACUUCAUAGACCACAACACCAAAACUACAUCAUGGCUGGAUCCUCGGCUCGCAAAAAAAGCAAAACCGCCGGAAGAAUGCAGCGAAGAUGAGCUGCCCUAUGGCUGGGAGAAGAUAGAUGACCCCGUCUACGGCAGCUACUAUGUAGAUCACAUCAAUCGAAGAACUCAGUUUGAAAACCCGGUCCUUGAAGCCAAGAGACGCCUGGAGCAGCAGAGGCAGAUGCAGAGCCAGGGACUCUCUGCUCUACCACUGCCUACAAUAUACAGAGAAAAACCGUUGUUUACGAGGGACCCAACCCAGUUGAAGGGCACCUUCCUGUCAACAGCCCUGCAGAAGAGCAACAUGGGAUUUGGCUUCACGAUCAUAGGGGGGGAUGAGCCGGAUGAGUUCCUGCAAGUAAAGAGUGUAAUACCAGAAGGACCAGCAGCUCAGGAUGGAAAGAUGGACACAGGUGAUGUCAUCGUCUACAUAAAUGACAUCUGCGUGCUCGGGACCACACAUGCAGACGUCGUCAAGCUUUUCCAGUCUGUGCCCAUCGGACAAAGUGUCACCCUCGUGCUCUGUCGAGGCUAUCCUCUGCCAUUUGACCCUGAAGACCCAAGUGCCACAGCAAGCAGCUCCAUGACGCCCAUUGGCCUGGAGCACCGCCCCUUGGUGGUAAAUGGCCGCAGCAGUUACGACCCCUACCUGGAGUAUUUGUCGCUAAGCUCCCAGCUGCCCGCUCAGGCUCUUGCCCAAGCCUCACACCCCGGAGACACACAUCUAGACGGCUCUUCUCUACCACCAACCACACCUGGUUCUGCAUCAGCACUCACACCUCACGAGGACAACGUGUCUAUGGCCUCCUCGGGGAAUGCAGGGGUUGCCGGGGCAACAGCACAAGCUGCAGAGCUUCUGACAGUUACUAUGGUGAAAGGAUCGGAGGGCUUUGGGUUCACCAUUGCAGAUAGUCCUACUGGUCAGCGAGUAAAACAGGUGCUAGAACCUGGCUCGCAGGGCAUGUCUGGGCUGAUAGAAGGAGACCUGAUCCUGGAGGUGAAUCAGCAGCCUGUCGCUGCAGCCGGACAUGGGAGAGUGGUAGAGAUGCUCAAAGAGUGUCCUGUGGGAGCCGAGGCCACACUUCUUAUACAGAGAGCAGGAGCAGGUCACAUUUCUCCAUGGAAGGCCUCCAAACAGUUGCCUGACCAGUGGGACCCACAUGGCAGCCCCCAAGCAAACCUGUCAGGCCCAGUUUUGCCACCAGGCACACCCUUCCCGAACCAACCACAGCACCGCACGUCUGUACCAGACUCCACUGAAGGCUUUGAUCUCAAUAAACCAGACCCAUAUGACCUGUAUGAGAAGUCAAGGGCGAUCUACGAGAGCCGACGUCCUGAGUACGAAGAGGUGGAGGUGCAUCUGCUUAGGGAGAAGACCGGGUUUGGCUUCCGCAUCCUGGGGGGAGACGAGGCCGUACAGGCUGUGAGUCCGGACGCCCGUGACAAGAUUGUUAUUGGCGCCAUAAUAGAGAAUACUCCUGCUGAACGCGAUGGGCGGCUACGACCCGGGGACGAGCUUAUUUCUGUGGAUAAAAAUGUGGUUGCUGGGAAACCACAUAAAUACGUAAUAGACUUGAUGCACGCAGCUGCUCGCAACGGUCAAGUCAGCUUGACUGUGAGACGGAGAGUGCAAAUGCCUGGUGAGCUGUGUCCUGUAAACGGUCGCAGUCCUGGCUCUGUAUCAACACAACACAGUUCUCCACGUAGCGACGCAGCCUCUGCUUCAGGACCCACGGCACUCGCCAUCCCCUCUGCCACCUCUCCUCCAGAGGGCUCCGCCCUCCAAACCAGUGAUGUGGUUAUUCAUCGCAAGGAGAACGAAGGCUUUGGUUUCGUCAUCAUCAGCUCCCUAAACAGACCGGAAAACGCCACCGUCAUCACUGUGCCUCAUAAAAUAGGACGAAUCAUUGAGGGCAGCCCUGCAGACCGCUGUGGGAAGCUGAAGGUGGGCGACAGGAUCCUGGCUGUGAACGGACAGUCCAUCAUCAGCAUGCCGCACGCAGACAUCGUCAAACUCAUUAAAGAUGCUGGGCUGACAGUCACACUGCACAUCAUACCAGAGGAGGGUUCUCAAUCUGGUCCCAGCUCGGAGAAGCAAAGCCCCAUGACUCAAAAACACAGCCCCCAGACCCAGCCCAGCCCUGUAGCCCAACCUGGCCAAGGAGUCACCCAGCCUGGCCAGACAGUUGCUCAGACAGGUCAAGCAUCCAUCCAGCCUGGCCAAAUACCAGCUCAGACAUGCCAGACUCCAGCUGGCCCUCCUGCACCAGCAGCCUCCCAGUCUGCACCUACUGGAACCCAACAGAGCCCAGUCACCCAGCCCACCGGACCCCUUCCUCAGCUCUACCUCCAUGAUGGCAGGUCUGAGGUGAAAGCCAGACAGGACGUCAAACCUGACUUCCGCCAUCCUCCAUUCACUGAUUACAGGCAACCUCCAGUGGACUAUCGCCACCCACCGGUCACUGACUACAGACAGCCCCCGACGCUGGACUACAGGCACCCACCUGGGCUGCUGGACUUCAGGCAGCACCCUGCAGCUGCACAGUUUCCACUAGGGAUCCCUGCUGACUUCAGACCACAGGUACAGCUUCACCAAGAACUGUCACCUCAACUCCACGUGUUCAGCAUUGAAUCAGCAAACUCGCCUGACUAUGAUUACUUCACGGUGGAGCUGGAGAAAAGUGCAAAGGGUUUUGGCUUCAGUAUUCGCGGUGGCAGAGAGUACAAGAUGGACCUGUUUGUGUUGCGGCUUGCUGAAGACGGUCCUGCCAUCCGUAAUGGAAGAAUGAGGGUAGGGGAUCAGAUCAUAGAGAUUAACGGAGACAGCACCCGGGACAUGACUCAUGCCCGGGCCAUUGAACUCAUCAAGGCAGGAGGCCGGCGGGUCAGGCUGCUGCUGAAGCGAGGCACAGGACAGGUGCCAGAAUAUGACUGUACCAGCUCCCGGGAUACCCUUUCUACAGCCCACCCUGCCCUGCAGGAAGUGACCCCAGAACCCCACCCAAAUCCAUCACUCUCAUCCCAUCCAGCCUCAGCCCCAGACUCCCCUCAUCAGCUCCCUCUAGAGGCCACAGUGUGCAUGGCAGACAAAGCUUCCCAGCUGGCAGACCACAGCUCCAUCAGAGGGGCUACAGGUGGCAGGUCCACCCAGCAGAAAUGCAUCAUCAGGGGGCAGGGAGCCCCUCAGGGGUCUGGAGAGGUAGACUUUGGACCAGGAGACAGGCAGGCUCGGGCUCUGCCCCCCAAAGGUAUCCUGGGGAGGUCUGUUGAAAGGAGAGAGAGGCAGAGGGACACUUGCUCCCCCUGCUGUGAAAGAAAGGGCCUACACACUCAGGCCAUGACCACAGUCUGGCCCUGGGACCAGUACGUUAGUGUCAAUGGAGCCGCUCUGGGUGGUGGAGAUGGACAUGUCGGCCUCCAGGAGAGGCUGGUGUCCAGAGGUCUUUUCCCCAGAGAAGAGGAGAGAUCCAUUGGCCACAGUGGGAUCUGCUGCCCCUCUAAAACCAUUGAAGAUCCUCAUGCAAGGAGUGCAGCAGUCUCCCCUGGACCCUGGAACAUCCCUGGGUCUGACAAACUGCCUGGCACCCUGAGGUCCUGGACCUCCACAGUGAGCAGGUAGAGUGAGCAGGUAGAGUGGAUCCUGCUGGUCUGGACUGGACCAAACUGUCAGGCUCCUAAAAUCUCCUCCACCCUUUCAUUCCUCACAGUCUCGUCCCCUGCCAACUUCAAAGAUCAUAUUUUAUGUUUCAUUUGUGCUGACAACAACUACACCCACCACCUUAAAAACAGAGGAACUUUCACAGCUAUUGUAACAUAAACUCAGUAUGUCAGCAUGUUGGACCCUCAUGUGGCGGUGUUGUACUCACAGAUGGAGCAGCGUCGUCUGUGUCUGAGUGAAGCUGUGCUUUCGUUGUGUACCUUUAACUGCUCGACCGUGUCUGGCUCACAUUGGUUAGUGCAGCUUAACCUCACAUGGAACAAAGUUCCUCGCAAGAGAGGGACAUAUGUUCAUCCAAGAGAUUUACUUUUGCUCCAUUUUCUCUGUGCAGUAGGAAGAGUGGGACUACAAAUCUGUCCAAGGGAGGCAGAGACACUGAAACUGCUGGAGGACAUGGCACCAACCCAAGUGACAGCCUGGUAAAUCAGACAUAUGUUAGCGCUCACAUGCCUACCAAUAUAUAAUAUACUGUAAAUGUAAAGAUGUGACAAAUAUGUACAUUUGGUUAUCUAAAAAACAGACCUAUUGGUGUUUUUGGGACUGUGUUGUAGUUAGAAACAUUGUAAAGAAAAGAUAAAAAAAAAACAGGACGGAAUUUUAGGAUGAUAUUUCCAUGGCCUCGUCAACAACUACAUAUCAGAGACUGUGCAAGUCACCAAACCAGACCACUACAGGAGGCAGUGGUCAUGUGCAUGGAUAUAAACCACCAUGUCGUUAAACAGGGACCCACGCCUUUCAGAGGUAGAACGUAGAGAGGACUUCCUCUGUGGAGCUGACAGCGUGGUACUUCUGAAACAAAAGAAAAUCUUGUUUUUUUCCAUCAAAUUGAACUUUGAGUGACUGAAAACAGUCAGCUUAGUAAGAACUCAUCAUACUUCUCUGAGUUAUAAACACCACCUGAUCACAACCAUGCAGACAUCGUGCAGAAUUAUAAGAUGUGUUGUAUUCAUUUAAUGCUCAACUAAAGACUUUUGUCUGGUCUAUAUUUCCCAUUUCUAUGCCUUUUACUGUGCUACGUGUACCACAUCACUGUGGGAGAGGGGCAUCGGUGUGACGGAGAGGAGGCCGAUGGUUAUGAGGUGGGGCGGAGUGCCUUACUCAAACUAAUGCAGAGCUGUUUGAUUUGAUUUGGGAACUGAAUGCAACAUAGAUGUUAGUGACCAUGCACACAUAUCAGCAAACUGUUCUCCUCUGACUUCACACCAAGCAGUAUUUACAGUUAUCUCGAUGCACUCUUAGCUUAUCAGUGUUGGGGAUCGCCCUCGUCCCCUCUUGUUGAAGGGGAUCAGAUGUAACUUGUAGCAUCACAUCAUCUCCUUGGAGAGUGAACCCUUGUUUCAGACGAGUCUCAUUUCUGCUUUAUUUGUCUGUUGUGUAAAGAAAACAUGUAAAGUUUGAGGUGUUGCAGACAGUACCAAUGCUUGCUCAAUCUGGACCCCAGAUUUGAGAAGUUCUGUGAAACAUAAAUGCAGUAAAACGUGUGUUUAAUCACAAAGUUUUGAUAAUCGGCAGAUCCUAGGCGUGCUGCUAUUAUACAAGGAACCCAAACAUUAAGUAUUCCCUUCCCUCCUGUGUUCCCCCAUGUUGACAUCAUCCAUUUCCCUCAAUAAGAUGAUCUUUCAAUAAAUGUGAAUCACCAGUGCUUUAGAGCACUACAGUUUUUAAGAUAAUCAGAACACAGUGUCAGUAAAUGCAGCACAAGCUGAAGCGAUAAAGGCCUGCUGGGAAAUCGGUACUGAACUUGGACAUUAGUCAGAACUCUAAGACAAUUCUUUAAAGUUUCUCAGUAAAACACAGUCUGUGUGUUUCUCAUGACAAAUCAUGUAAGCGAGGAGCAUGAGAACAUGUCAGUAGACUGUAGAAACGUAUAAACUGUUUGUACAAAUGUCAAAGGUCAGAAAAGGUGAGUUUGUCAUCCAGCCCUCUGUCUCCAUCCAGGCCGUCCCCCUGCCUGCUGUGAGUGAUUUUGUAUACGAAAACAAAAAAACUGCUUUAUUGAACCUGUGAAGGAUGGCACGUUCAUGAAUCCCCAUUGAGAUCAAGUAUAACUGUGUAGUGUUAAUUGUGUACUAUUCACCUUGUACAGCUGUAUUCCUACAAAUAUGGUUUACUGUAUCAUUGAUACUGUAGUUUCAAAGACGUGAACAACUAUUUUUAUGAAAUGCGACAGUACUGAUAUAUAACAUUUUGCUAAAAAACAAAAAACUUGUUUACUGAAAGAUAUUCUGAAAUACUGUCAAAUAAACUCUUGACAUGGUGUAAAA